AUGGGAGCAGAGGUGUUUGGAGUGAGAAUGAUGGUGAAAGCUAAAACUAUUAGUAUUCCAAAAGGAGUUAAAAGACACCUCCUGAUUGUCAUUUUGGUUUUGUUUUUAGCGGUGGUGUCUGUGGAUGGGCGGCCCGUGAGACUCCAACUCUGUGACACUGCCGGACAGGAUGAAUUUGACAAGCUGAGGCCUCUCUGCUAUACCAACACGGACAUCUUCCUCCUCUGCUUUAGUGUCGUGAGCCCCUCAUCCUUCCAGAAUGUCAGUGAGAAAUGGGUGCCGGAGAUUCGAUGCCACUGUCCCAAAGCCCCCAUCAUCCUAGUUGGAACGCAGUCGGAUCUCAGAGAAGACGUCAAAAUCCUCAUUGAGUUGGACAAAUGCAAAGAAAAGCCAGUGCCUGAAGAGGCGGCUAAGCUGUGCGCCGAGGAAAUCAAAGCCGCCUCCUACAUCGAGUGUUCAGCCUUGACUCAAAAAAACCUCAAAGAGGUCUUUGAUGCAGCCAUCGUCGCUGGCAUUCAAUACUCGGACACUCAGCAACAGCCAAAGAAGUCUAAAAGCAGGACUCCAGAUAAAAUGAAAAACCUCUCCAAGUCCUGGUGGAAGAAGUACUGCUGUUUCGUAUGAUGCUGGCAAGACACCCAGAAAGGCUAUUUUCAGAUGAAAUCGAUAUUAGUGGCUAUAUUAGCUGAAACAACUUCUUUUACUGUGUAGAACCUAUAUCAAGAGUGUGUGUAUAUGUAUUAUAGGAGGAGCUCUCAAUUUGAUGUAUUCUUUCUUGCCUUUAAUUUUCUUGUUGUUUGUUUGAGCUUAGGGAUGAAAUACUUAUGCAAGAUAUUUUUGAAGUAAAUUAAAAUUUUUUCACAUCUCUGGAAAGUUAGAGUUCUAGACCUCUGGUUAAUUUAUAUCUAAUAUGAAGAAGACACCUCAAAUCUGGAUGUCAAGAAUGAAGCUCUGCUACAUUAUAAUGUACAGAAGAGCAAAAGGGAGGAACGCUGUGGUUAACCCUCUCUUGAUUAAGGGCUACUUAAUGCACAGUGCAUUAUGUACACAGGUCAACCAUGGUAAGAACAGUUCUUAGCUUUGAAACUCCAUGCAAACCAUGCCUUUUUUUUUUUUCAAGGAGCAAAAAUCUGGGGGAAAAAAUGAGAGACCUUCUGCCUACAAAACCUCAAAGCAGUCACUUUUGUCAUUUGCUAAUACCCGUGGCUUAUGAUUUAAAAACAACGGGCAAAAAACAUCCCACUGACUCUGGCACUGUGUAGACAAAAAAAGGAGACUUGCUGAUUGGGACUUUUCUUUCUUAGACCAGUUGUGUUGACACAUAUGAACAUAGGCAAAGUGCUGUGUGGAGGAAAGCAAGUGUUAGUCGGGAGUUCUCAUGUUUUAGGGAGUGGUUCCUGUGGAGAUCAGAAAGUGACAUUUGCUUUCGGUAUUGUAACACAUGCACCAAGCUGCCUCCAUCCUAGGUAACAACGGCAACAGGGAGCACCUAUCUGGAUUGUUUUUAAACUUCCAUACUCAAGCUGUCUCUUCGGCAGGGAGGUGAAUACUCUUGAAAGGCUAACAGCAAAUGUCUGGGACACAACACAGAUCAGUUUUUCUUAAGUCAGCCAAGAUGUACUUCUCUGUGUGCACACCCACACACACUCAUGCACACAAAUACAUAGGUCUGUAUGGCUGUGUUUGCUGUUGAUUCAGACUUUUACACAGUUAAUGGGGAAAGCAUGGGCACAAACACAGUUAGGGAAGCUUGGCUUCCUCUUCUUGUUGACACUUUUUUGAACCAACAUCUUUUUUAUUAUAUUCAGAGUAUGUUUUUAAGUGUAUCUUAAUAUAUACAUUUUUGAGGACAUCUUAAACAAAAAAUAAAAUGAACAUCUCUUGAAACCUGUCAAAACGACCAGUUAAAGCCACAGAUGGCUUUCAGGGCAGUAGCAGCAGACGCCAGCGGACUCUGAGGACUCCUGAGGGGCGGGGCGUGUGGCCAGCCAGGUGCAUGUCGGGACCCUGGCCCCCAUGCUUGGCUGCUUCCUGUGACAGUGAAAUACAUCCUUCAAGGUGGCAGCUUUUAGGGCUGAAUCUUCUGGAGAAAAUGUGCCAUCUCAGGAGAGUAGUUUUUACUCUGGUAGGAAUGCUUCCGAGACACCACAAGGCAGCCUAAACACUCUGAGUUAACAGUGUCGGGCUUGCGGUGGGUGAACCAGAGCCACCAAAGUCACUUCCACAACUAACGAGGGAAAUCUGUAAAGCCAGUUAGAUAGAAGAGUUUUAUUUUUCUGUGGGUUUCGUGUUGUCUUUUUUAUAUUAAAAAGAAAUCCAGUUUGUGUUUUUCUAUAGAAAAAGUAAAAGUUCAGGUUAUACUUUAGGUUAGGGGUUCUAUUUAUUCCUGUUAGUAAAUAAAAUUAACAAAUUUCUUUGUUUAACAAAAGAUUAAUCUUUAAACCACUAAAAUACAUAGACUGUUAACUAUUGAUUAUUCAACACAUUGGAAGUGAUGUCGGUCAUAGUUUCCUGGAGCAUUUAGUUACAACCUGAAGGAAUAAAAUGAUUUGUGGAAAAGCUUAAAAUAGACCUAAUCGAAUACAGUCUCAUCUUGCCGUGCCUGGCUUACCUAUCUGUGGAAAGCUAGGCUUCCCAGGCUGGGCUCUGCCUGUCUGGUGUCCAGAGGUGUGGGAGGGAAGAUGAGUUAUUUAACUGGUAAGCGAUUUGAAACACUAUUUUUAUAUUAAAGUAAAUAGCAUGGAGUAUAGUGCAAAUUCAUUUUUAAGAUAGAACACAACACUUGAAAGAAGUUUUAUGCAUGUGACAGUAUAUGGGGCUGCAGUUGGUCUCCCUGGAGGGGCCUUCCGCACCUCCUGCCUUUAGGCCACGGGUGGAAAGUGCUUAGUGAAGCACACCUGUGUGGCCCAGUUCUGAAAGCUUUAUGCAAACAGUUGAAUUUUAACUGGGGUUGAUAACACCUUGGACUGUUAGUGUUAAAAAUCUAGUGGGUUGACCUUUAAAUGCAACAGUUUUUAAAAUAUAUUGCUGCAUUUUAUAGAAUAGUAAAGGUACGAUUAUACUUGAGAUUUUCCUCCAUUUUUAUUUCUUUGUGAACAUAGUUUGGGGCCGAAAAUGUUUUUAAAGUAUGUGCUUGAGUUAAAUAUAAAGUUGGUUUGCUUCAAAGCUAAAAAAUUGUUAAAUUUGCAGCUUGGUAUUGCAGAGAAGAUUUUAUAAAAAUUUUGCUUUAGAGAAUGCCACUUUGGCUGAACUACAAGUGUAGGCCACCGUUAUAAUUUAAAAAUACAGCAUACUUCAAAACUGUUUGUUUUCUCUUGUUACCAUGUAUGUAUAAAUGGACCUUUUAUAACCUUGUUCUCUGCUUGACAGACUCAAGAGAAACUACCCAGGUAUUAACACAAGCCAAAAUGGGAGCAAGGCUUUCUCUCCAGACUAACGUAACCUGGUGCCUUACCAAGUUGUGCUUUUCUGUUUUCAAGUGUAGAUGAUGUUGAGCAGAAUGUUGUACUUGAAAAUGCUAUAAAUGAGAUGGUAUGAAAUAAAUUCUGACCUAUGGAAAUAA